CCUGUGCCUUUCCCGUUGCAGGAACGCGCUCCUCUUCAACAACGAGCUCAUGGCCGACGUCCACUUCGUGGUGGGGCCCCCGGGCGGGGCCCAGAGAGUGCCUGCCCACAAGUACGUCCUGGCCGUCGGUAGCUCCGUCUUCUAUGCCAUGUUUUACGGGGACCUGGCGGAAGUGAAGCCGGAGGUCCACAUCCCCGACGUGGAGCCCGCGGCCUUCCUCAUCAUGCUCAAGUACAUGUACAGCGAUGAGAUUGACCUGGAGGCGGACACCGUGCUGGCCACGCUCUACGCAGCUAAGAAGUACAUCGUCCCCGCGCUGGCGAAGGCCUGCGUGCACUUCCUGGAGACGAGCCUGGAGGCCAAGAACGCCUGUGUCCUGCUGUCGCAGAGCCGGCUGUUUGAGGAGCCGGAGCUGACCCAGCGCUGCUGGGAGGUCAUCGACGCGCAGGCGGAGAUGGCCCUGCGGUCCGAGGGCUUCUGCGAGAUCGACUGGCAGACCCUGGAGGUCGUGGUCACCCGCGAGGCCCUCAACACCAAGGAGGCGGUGGUCUUCGAGGCCGUGCUCAACUGGGCCGAGGCCGAGUGCAAGCGGCAGGGCCUGCCCGCCACCCCGCGCAACAAGAGGCACGUGCUGGGCCCGGCCCUCUACCUGGUCCGCAUUCCCACCAUGACCCUGGAGGAGUUCGCCAACGGCGCCGCCCAGUCGGACAUCCUGACGCUGGAGGAGACCCACAACAUCUUCCUGUGGUACACAGCGGCCAACAAGCCCCCGCUCGACUUCCCGCUGACCAAGAGGCGGGGCCUGGCCCCGCAGAGGUGCCACCGCUUCCAGUCCUCCGCCUACCGCAGCAACCAGUGGCGCUACCGGGGGCGCUGCGACAGUAUCCAGUUUGCGGCGGACAGGAGGGUGUUCGUGGCCGGGCUGGGCCUGUACGGGUCCAGCUCCGGGAAGGCCGAGUACAGUGUGAAGAUCGAGCUCAAGCGCCUGGGGGUGGUCCUCGCCCAGAACCUGACCAGGUUCGUGUCCGACGGCUCCAGCAGCACCUUCCCGGUCUGGUUCGAGCACCCGGUGCAGGUGGAGCAGGACACCUUCUACACGGCCAGCGCCGUGCUGGACGGCAGCGAGCUCAGCUACUUCGGGCAGGAGGGCCUGACGGAGGUGCAGUGCGGGAAGGUGACCUUCCAGUUCCAGUGCUCCUCCGACAGCACCAACGGCACCGGGGUGCAGGGCGGGCAGAUCCCCGAGCUCAUCUUCUACGCCUGAGGCCGUGGGCGGGCGGGCGCUGGGGGGACCGAGGGCCGCACGCUUUCUCCCCGGCAGGACAGGCUUCAGGACUCCUAACCUUUUGUGCGCAGCUGGCUGUAGCCAGAGGUAUAAAUGAGACGUUUCUACACGGCCAGAGCCCGGGUUCUGAAUCCAGGGGGCUGGGCCUCAUCACAUCUCCUGCACAUUGGGGUGCACACUCAGGUGGAGGGCGGAUUUGGGGGCGGGGGGCAGCCCGGACCCCACCAGAGGUGCCCACGCCACCUGCUUUGUGGGCUUGGCUGUCCCUCCCACCCUCCUAGAUUUUGUUCUGAGUUGUUCUAAGCUUAAGACCUUCCCACCAAAUCUAAAACCUGGGAAAAGUCAUUUAAUAUCGUUUAUCUUGAGUUUUAAUAAAGUGAGAGCCACAGGCAGAAAGGUG